AUGUUAUUUAUUAUUUUAUUUAUCCUUGUUCAAGACUGCCAAUGUAAACUACUUUUUGACUGUAUUCCAAUUGGUAACAGAUUUAGUGAUGGAUUUAAUUCUCAGACAAAUACAUCGUCUUUACAAUGUUCAUUUACUCAUUCAAAUAAAACAUACUUAUUUACAAAAGACUUUAAUGACGAUUCAGAAAACGAUUGGUCAGUUGGUCAUACAAUGGUUGAUGGUCAAAUUAUAUUUUCAUCUAAUAACCACCAAUUAUUUAUAACAUCGAAUUUAACUUUAACUAACCAAAGUCAAUUAUAUCUUCACAGACCAUUUGAAAUUAGUUAUUUAUUGAAAAUGAUGUCACAGUCUCAAAUACAUGUAUUUAAGUCAUUACAAAUACAAAAAAAUAUUUCUAUAAAAGAUCAAUUAGAAACAAAUUACCCAUUAAUUAUCUCAUGGAAUGCUAUUGGAAUAGAGCUCUUUAAAUCUCUUCAAAUUAAUAGCAACACUGAGUGUUUUGAUCUUCUUUCAAUGCAAUCACCUUAUAUCCUCAACACUGCUAAUUCUAUUAACACAAUAAAAACAAACGACUUUCCUUAUCCUCUUUCAACUGGUCAUCUUCAUCUUCUUUCUGGACAACGUCUUGUUCGUUAUUGCCCUUUUUCUGUUCCAUUUACUAACGAAGUUAAAUGUAUUUUAACAACUCCGUAUUAUCAAAAAUCUUAUUCAGGUAGUGGAAAUUAUGCUUUUGCUUACCCUCAUUGCCCAUGCAAUGAUGAACACACUUCAUGUAUUCUUGAAUUCUUAUCUUCUGAAGUAUACCUUCAAUCAAAUGACUUAUCACAUACACUACUUCAUAUCAAUCAUAAUACUACCCUUUAUCAACUUGACACUGCAAAAUCAAUUCAUGUUGAAGAUUUAUGCUUAUUACAUCUCAUCUCUAUGAGACCAUUUUCUCAGAAUCUUAUUAAAACAUCAUUUGGAUUUAUUACUAAUUCUGGGGAAAGUGAUGGAAUGUUUUUCUUUAAUCCAUUAAAAAACACAUUGAUACUAACUGGAACAAAUGAACUUCAUUUGAAUAAAUAUAAAAAUAAAGUUCCACUUACUAUUAUUGGUCAUGGUUUGAUUAAUUUAAAAGAUAUUCAAGACUCUUCUGUAUAUUCUUUUAAGAUAGAUAAUGAAAAAGAAAAAUUUAAAGUCCAUAUCAAUCAAAAAGGAAAUAAUCAAAUAUUGAUAUUUGACCAACAAAGUUAUCUUGAUGAAUCACCAUAUUGUGCUGUGGUGAUAAUCAAAUCUAAGAAUACUAUUAGUUGUCAAUCUUGCAAAGAAGGGUUUUCUUUAACUCAAUCUAAUCUUUGUAUUAAAGAUAUUCAUUGCAACCACUACUCUUCAAAUGGUCAUUGUCUAAGUUGUAAAGAUGGAUAUCAAUUAUCUGUUGAUGGGACUUGUCAAAGUAAUUAUUAUCGUAUUGAAAAGAUACCAUUAUGCAAAGGUGAUACUUGUGAUUAA